GGGGCCGGGUGGCUCUGUCUCGUUGGCGGGUAGCCCCGGGCGCCUGCCAGCCGAUCACGCUGUUCCUCUCCGUCGAAAGGUGAUUGGGUGGUAGCGCCGAGCGGCCUUCUCUCCGCCGGGCCAGCGGGGCGUUUUGCUCUCCGCUUAUCGUUGCCGCCGAGGGACAUGUGACUGCGGGAGCGGGCUCUGUAGCGAACGCGCUGGGGAAGCGGCCUGCUUCCUUUUCCUGCUGCCGCGCGAGGCCUUCAGCCCGAGAUCGCAGGGGCGCCACGGAGGCGCCGCGGCCCAGGCUUUCUAUGUGGAGGCCGCAGUAACGGAGACUUGGCCGAUUUGCUCCGCUCGCUCCUUCGAAGGUGCCGCCAAGUAAGACGAUUUCCGCGCUCGGGACGGAGAAAGAUAGUAUUUCUUAAGCAGAAAUGAAGAGUAAAAAGCAAUCUGUACAAAAUGCUGAAGAUGACAAACAUGAGGCUGCAAAAGGUGAAGAGAAUGAAGAAGACUGUCCUUGUUCUUCUAACUUUUUAUCUGAUGAAGAUGAUCGCUGCCCAAUCUGUCUAAACUGUUUGGCAGAGCAGGAAGUUGGCUUUCCUGAAAAUUGCAGCCACAUCUUCUGCUUGACCUGCAUUCUUAAAUGGGCUGAAACAAGGGCUUCAUGUCCAGUGGACCGCAAACAGUUCAAAGCUGUAUAUAAACUAAAUACUUCAGAAGAUUCUGUAAAGGUUCAGAUAAAGCAACAAAUAAGCAAAAAAGAUGAUCUACUCAGUUGUUAUAAGGGCAAGAAUUGCCCUAUGACUGUGAAAAACUGCAAAAGAAAACAGGAAAAUGCUGGCAUAAGAUUUUUACCACUAAUCUAUAAAAGCUGGAACUCAAAACACAGUUUGAAAAAAAAUCAAAGGAUAGAGGACAAUAUAAAUCCUUCAAACAAGGAAGAAGUUACAAAUUCAAUGAAGAAAAAUAAGCCUAGAAGACAGACCUGCUUGAACAGAUUCUUCAAAAGUAACUGGUGUGAUAGAUUUUCUUCUAAUAGUAGUUUCUCUGGUGAAUCUCCUAAUUAUCAAAGUGAAAGUAUAGAGAUCAGCAAAAUUGACACAGUUAUCAGACACAAGAGAAGAGAACUGGAGCUGUCUUGUUCUGUACUAGCUAGAGUGGCAAGAGUUCCUUCCAUGUCUUGUGAAGCAGAAAUAGCAACUUGUCUUGUUGUGGAAACUGUCUUUUCAAUAAGUACUUCACCUUUGGAAAACUUUGGAUCUUCUAAAUCAGGACACAUUGUUACAUGUGUCCAUGAAGGAGAGGAAAAAAAACAGACUUCUGGUACCACUGGCACAAGAGGAACAAGAAGGAAAGUUUCAGAUACUACUCCUAGAAGACGAUCUGCCCGAAAUGUUAAAACAGAAACUUCGUGUCAAUCUCAGAGUUCACCAAAAUCCAAUAACUCUGGAUAUGAGGCCAGCGGUGAUGGUAGCUCAUUUGUGAAUGUUUCUUUUACAGAAUUAGAGAAAUCAACCCCAAAACGGAAAGCUAAAAGAAAUGUUAAGCAAGAACCUUUGGUUAAAAAGAAACUAAGAAGUUCUGGACGUUAUGGAAAAACAUCUAGUGAUAUAGAUUUUGAUGAAUCCGAUGACACAGAGAUAACCUUGCUAUUAGACAAAGGCAAUUUAGCAGACAGUGAAAAUAGCACCUCUGAUUUUAGUCAUAAAAAUGAUGUUGAAACUGAAUCUUCUAAUGGCUUAGAAAACUCCAAAGACUAUGUAGAAUAUAAGAAGGAACCUAAGAAAUGCCCCCAUGAAGGGCAAGAUACAUUAGAUAUCUUAGAAUCUGAUUCCUGUGUUCAAGAUCCUCCUUUGCUUGCCUUAGAAAAAACUGCUGGUUCUUAUGUUCAGGAUCUUCCUUUGCUCACUCUAGAGGUAGACACUGAAAAAUGUGAAGAAAAAGAUGACUCUGGAACUGAAAACAAGACACAUUAUAAAAAUGCUAUCGAGCAAGGUCAAUAUUUAAAUGUUUCUGGAGAACAAUUAUGUGAUGAUAAUAUUACAUUUACUCAUCAGUCUUCAGAACUAAGUAGCCUUACCGCUGAAUUGCCAGUGAAAUUGGAACCUCUGGCAAUCACACAUCAAAUAUUAGAAAGUCCUGGGAAUGAAUUAGAGAAAUCAGGAUGCAUGUUAAUAACAGAAGAUACUUCAGCUGUUUCUAGACAUGAAUUGCUAGAAGGAACAGAAUCUGCAGCAGUAACAAAUAAACUUUUGGCUGGUACUGGAAAUGAAUUCCAGGAAAAACUAGAAUCUGAAGCAAUAGCAAAUAAACCAGUGUCUUGUCAUAGAAAUGAAUUAUUAAGAAAACCGGAAUCAUCAGCAAUAGAUGGAAUAUUGGAGAAACCUGUGAAUCAGUUGCCAGAAGGAAUAGUCAAGGAGCCAUUAGAUAGCAUCUCAAACAAAGUACCUAGGCUUUCAUUAGGUGUGGAAGAUGUUGAAAUUGAAGAAAAAGAACCAGAUGUAUAUAUAAACAAUGAACAUCUAAAAAGUACUGACUUACUAAUAAAUGUUCCUUCAGAGAAUAAACUUAAUCUAUCUUUUGAAAAUGAUAAGGAGGAAACUGAAAUUAGUACAUCCCCCAAGAUAUGCACUCAAGAUAUUAAACAUUUUAAUGAAGAUGACAGUGAGAUAGUAGCUAUGGAAUGUGACUCAUUUAACUGUGACCAGAAUGAAUCUCAGCUUGACGAGCCAUUAGUGAAUGACAAUGUAGAGCAGGAAACAAAUUUCUUACAAAAUGAUAGUAAACAUUCUGUAUCAUUUUCAGAUCUUGAUAAGAAAGAAGCAAAAGAAUGUUUCACAGAUAAAAAGAUACGAACUAGAAGAUCACGGUUUCAUUCUCCAUCAACAACUUGGUCUCCAUCCAAACGAGAGGGGAAAAGAUCUCAAUCCCCGUCUCCCAAAAGGGAAACUGUGGGGGAAGGCAGAAUGUCUCGAUCUCCCAAAAGGGAUAUUUUCAAAGAAAGUCAGAGAUCUUUAUCCAAAUCUCCUAAAAGGGAUCCUCUAAGAUCUCCAUCCAGUUCUCCCAGAAGGGAUCACCUGAAAGAAGAGAGAGAGUCUCUUCCCAGUUCUCCCAAAAAGGAUCAUCUAAGAGAAGGGAGGGGUUCCCCAUCCAGUUCUCCAAAAAGGGAUUCUAUCAAAGAUGGAAGGAGGUCUUCUCGGGCACGAGCUAAAGAAUCCCCUCCAAGGCACAACUGUAGGUCUACCAGUAGGGACAGAGAUAAUGAUAAAAAUGAAUUUAGAAGAGAUAAUGAAAGAGAGAGAAGUAGGAGGAGAUGGUCACAAUCACGAUCAAGAUCUCGAUCCAGGUCCAGGUCCAGGCCAAGAAGCAAAGGGCCUUCAUUCCCUAGAAAUGAGAGGGAUGGUUAUUCACCUCCUCGAUGGAAAGAAAGGUGGACAAAUGACAGUUGGAGAAGCCCCAGAGGAAGUGAUAGAUAUAAAAGAAAUGAACAGCAGAAACAGACAGAAUGUAUGAAAAGUGAAAGAGACAGUGUAAAUAAAGAUGCAGAUAUGCAGAGUUCUUCUGAUCAGUACAGAAAAGAUUAUCCAGACUGGGUAAUGGAAAGAAUAAAUUCAGUUCCAGAAACAAGGAAUAGAGAAAGAGAGAAUUUUAAAAAUCAACAGCGGGAAGAAAAUAGACAUAAUAAUUCAGGGACUUCAUGGAGUGGAAAUUAUGGAUCAGGUUGGAAUUCAAAUCGUGGCAGAGGCGGCCGUGGCAGAGGCGGGCGUGGCAGAGGUGGUUUCACUUAUGGAGACCAGGCUGAAAGUCGCUGGCAAAAUAGGAAGCCCCACUCAGGGAAUCCAAAUAGUUCUGGCCAUGAAACUUCUAGAUUUCUAGAACAUCAGCCAUACAAACGUAAAACAGAACAAGAUUUCACUUUUGAUACGCCUGCUGAUAGAUCUGGGUGGACAUCUGCAUCAAGCUGGGCUGUAAGAAAGACUUUACCAGCUGAUGUACAGAAUUACUAUUCAAGAAGAGGUAGAAAUUCUUCAAGCCCACAGUCUGUAUGGACAAAAGAAGAAGUAGCAUCUGAGCAAGAUCCAAACUUCAAAGACCAAGCCAGCCAACAAGGUGAUGCUUCUCAGCUACCAGUAAAUGUGUUGCAACCUCAGAUGAAUGUAAUGACACCAGUAAACACACAGCAUCAGCCGAUGAGUAUCUUCCCGUAUACAAUGGGUGUUCCUACUCCUAUUAUGAACAUUCAACACAAUCCAUUUAACCUUCCUCCACCAGUGCCCAUGCAUCUUCAUUCAGGACUGCCUCUUGUCCAGGUAGCAGCUUCAUCCAGUGUGUCUCAGGGACCACCUCCACCACCACCACCUCCACCUCCAUCCCAGCAAAUUAACUACAUUGCUUCCCAACUUGAUGGACAGCAGUUGCAGGCUGUUCCAACUACUUCCCAUGUUGCUAACAGCAUGAAUACAACACACUUGCCUGCUCCAGCAGCAGCUCUGGGGACUGCGGAAUCGGUUCAGGGACCAAGUUCGAGUAAUGCAACAUCAUCAAAUAACAUCAAAUCCUCUAAUGCUGCUGUAAAAUUGAUGGAAAGGAAAGUAAAUGUAACAGUGGAAGCCAGCGCAGAUAGUUCCAAAAAAGACCAGAAAUUAUUAAUUCAAGAAAAAGCUGCACAAGAAGUAAAACUUGCUAUUAAGCCUUUCUAUCAAAAUAAAGAUAUUUCUAAAGAAGAGUAUAAAGAGAUAGUUAGAAAAGCAGUAGAUAAGGUUUGCCAUAGCAAAAGUGGAGAAGUUAAUUCUGCGAAAGUGGCAAAUUUGGUAAAAGCUUACGUGGACAAAUACAAACAUUCACGAAAGAAAAAUCCAGAUGAGGCUGUUUCUGUGGAAAGAAAAUAAAUCUAGAGUGAAAAAAUGCCAUCAGGAUGACUGCGAAGUGCAAUUUUGACUUGGACUAUUAAUUAGAAAUAGUGGCUGAAAUCUGAUUUUGAUAAGAUUAUUUUUCAAUAUAGUGUAUAAUGUUUUGUUAUAAAUAAAUAUAGAUUAAUGCUUCAACUUUAUCCUUUUGCAAACAGCUAUGUAAAAAAGAUAAAAGGAAUAAAAGACACCCCCCCCCCAUUAAUAAUAUACCAUUUAUUGAAUGCCACAUGUACAGCAUUUUUGGUUCACACAGUCUGUCAGAAUACAGAAUUUUGGGCUGAUAAGUAAAAUACAUGUGAAUCAGGGAAAAGACUGGAGUAGAUUUUUCUUUGAUUUUCCUGCCACUCUUAAACUCUAGUAAACAUUUUUAAAAUGUCUCAGUUCAUAGGCUCAACGUGUGUGUCUUAAAAGCACACUGUAAUUGAGAGCACCUCUUCAACAGCAAAAAAAAAAAAAAUCCCUGAAUA